AUGUGGCGACCGUGGCGAAAAUCAACUGUUCAAACAUCACCUUCUUCCCCAUUUUCUUGCUCUUCCUUUAAAGACAUCCAAACCCUCCUCGACGAACCCCCACAACCCCAAAACCAACGUCACCAAGACAAACCCUCUUCUUCUCACAAAAAAAAACCCUCCAUUUUUCAUCGAGUUCGCCUUGCCAACUCUCUCCUUCGAACUUGGUCAACUCAUAUCCAGCAUCAAUCCCAACCUCCUAAACUCUCCCGAACUCGCUCCCACCCCGAACCACCACAACCUACCGUCUCAAAGCUCGAACCAAAUGUCUCACCACUACCCAAACCUGGUGUCUCAAAACCCGAACCGAACGUCUCACUACCCGAUCCUGGUGCCUCAAGACCCGAACCGAACGUCUCACUACCCGAUCCUGGUGCCUCAAGACCCGAACCGAAUGUCUCACUACCCGAUCCUGGUGUCUCAAAACCCGAAACGAAUGUCUCACUACCCGAACCCGGUGUCUCAAAACCCGAACCGAACGUCUCGCUACCCGAUCCUGGUGUCUCAAAACCCGAACCGAAUGUCUCACUACCCGAUCCUGGUGUCUCAAAACCCGAACAUAACGUCUCACUACCCGAUCCUGGUGUCUCAAAACCCGAACCGAAUGUCUCAAUACCCAAAAAACAACCUCCAAUUUACUUCCCGUUAGCAGAAGAGUGCGUGGUGGUGUACUACACGAGCCUCCACGCGGUGAGACCCACGUUUGAUGCGUGCAAGAACGUGUUCUCUAUUCUACGUGGGUUUCGCGUUAAAAUUGACGAUCGUGACGUGUCAAUCGACUCGGGCUUUGCGGCCGAACUAAAACAAAUAAUGGGCCUGAGGCAGGCCGAGUUGGGCUUGCCCCAUGUAUUCAUAGCUGGUAAGUACGUUGGUGGGGUCGAGGAGUUGAGACAACUCAACGACGGUGGCGAGCUCAAGAAGCUUCUCGAAAACCUACCCGUACUGGAUCCAUCUGAAUGCCACAUGUGCGCGGGUCACAGAUUCGUUCUGUGCGACACCUGUAACGGUAGCAAGAAACACUACAUCGACAAGGUUGGCUUCAAAACGUGUAACAUGUGCAAUCAAAACGGUCUCCUUAGAUGUCCUUCUUGUCUUGCAAAUUCACCAACUUUGUCACAUUCCCAAAUUCACCAUCAAAUCCAAAACUGA